UGAAAAUGGAAAAAGCAAAAAUACUUCAAAAAUCUCUCAACGGCUUCAAGACACUUUUCAGAUAUACAGUUGACUCACACCAAGGCGUCAGAGUCAGCCAAGACUCUCUUCCUAAAGACAAAGACAGAUUUGGAUCACAAAUGGCUUCCUUUAUAGCUGAGUUAAAGAGAAAACAAGCCAGGUCAAUUUGGAUCAGCAUCCCAAUCGAGAAGUCUGGGUUCAUAGAAACAGCAGCUAGUCUUGGGUUUGAGUUCCACCACACCAAAGGUAGUGUGCUUACGAUGAGCCAAUGGCUAGAAGAAGACUCUCCCAACAGACUUCCUGGCUACGCUACACACUAUGCUGGAGUAGGAGGCCUCGUAGUCAACGACCAGGAAGAAGCCCUGCUGGUUCAAGAAACCCAUCCUUACAAAGGAGAAGUGUUCUGGAAACUUCCUGGAGGCCAGGUUGAUGCAAACGAAACACUCAAGGAAGCUGUUGUUCGAGAAGUCAAGGAAGAAACUGGAAUCAAAGCAAAGGUUGAAGGAGUCAUUACAUUCCGUGAGAACCCUUGUUAUCUCUUUCAAACACACGACCUGUACUUUGUAUUCCUGAUGUCUUGUAUAAAGGCUGACAAUACCAUUCAGAAGCAAACAGCAGAAAUAGCCAAGUGUGAGUGGGUUCCCUUCAAGCAUCUGCCAGAGAAAAUGUGAGUAUUAUCUCCAAUGGCGCAGAGGAUUGCACUGAUGAUCAAUGGUGACUUGCAAGUCGCAAAUGACCUCCUCAGAGAAUACAAGGAUGAGGGUUCGUCUUCUCUAUUGGAGCUUGGCAUUAUGAGUAAUCAGCCUUAUGAGUUUAAAGAGAUUACUCAUGAUCUUUACAUGGGCAAAAUGAUUAGAGAGUGCAUAGAGAAGGCGAAGAGAUAAAUUACAUUCAAUUCAAUUUUGU